ACAUUAGAGGAUGAGUAAUUUAAUUGUCUUUUUAUUUUAUUUUAUUUUAUUUUAUUUAUGUCUAAUCAAGACUACAAAACGACGUAGGAUUCCUCGCAUUUCACUUCUCCGCGAUUGGUGGCUCCGCCAUAACAAACUACAACGGUUCCCGCCAAUUUUCUACUCUGCUUCUCCCCUGGGCAGAAACCAUUGUGCAAAAAGAAGAGAGAGUAACUUCCAGCGUUUCUUUCUGUUUCUUUCACGAUCGGAAAACAAGGAAGAUGAUAUGUUGCCAAGAAUCACAGACGUUCCCAACAAAAAAGGCAUGAAUUUUUUAUGAGAAAGCUGAGGCUCUGCUCGGUAGUUUUCGACCUCAGCGUCCUCGUAGCGUACCGGAGGUCCAACAAAUCUCUUACAGAGUUCAAACAGAGCGGACGUCCAUACGAGGAAUUAACUGAGACCAUGGCUAGAGCCGGUAACAAGAAUGAUACACUUGAAGAGCUGAUGGAUUAUGUUCCUACUCUUGAAUCUCUUCCAGAAGAUGCAGUCAGCGAAAUCAUGAACAUGGUCCGUGCAAACAUUUUCAGGGCAUUUCCUUCUCCCACCGCACAUGUUCAUGAAGAAGAGAAAGAAACUGACAAUAAGCUCUAUGGGCCGGGGGACAAAAAGCCACUGGUUGAAGUGGUCUGGAUCCAUCUGCUAUACGUUUACGAAUUCCUCCAGAGAAUUGUUGAUGCUGGGUUGCGUGACGACCAUAUUGAGGAGUCUUUUGUUGAAAACCUGUUCAACAUUACAACGAAUGCAGAUGACUCCAGAGAAGCUUGUUCUGUGGCAAAACUGUUGCCAUCUUUCUGGGAAAAAUUCCCGCAGAAAAGGUGCGUGAUUUGGACAACUGCACGACGCAAUCUGUCUCGUUUUGUAUCCUCCAGGCAUCGCCACAUCCCAAGUGCGGUGACCGAGCUGUCUUGUGUGAUUGCGGCUCCACUUCAGUUUGGGUCUUGCGAUGGACCCGCUUCCGUGGCUGGAGCUCUGGAGAAAGGAUGGAGACUUGGCAGGGCAUUGGAACCCUCUUCGACGACUCGGAACAUCUUUUUUCAAAAUCGCGGGGUUUGCUGACCCGCGAUGGGGUCCGAAUAGGAUAACUAUGUUUCUAAGAUGGUUAAAAUAUGAAUUUAGUUGUUCAAUUUUUAAAUUUGUACUAAAAUUAUCUUUUAAUU